AUGGACACGCCCGAGCCUGACCUCCCGGCCCCAGAUGGCGCACCAAUCCCUGCACCUGGCCCUAGCGCGUUUGGAACGUCGCCGGAGCCCGUUGGUCCACCUUCGAAUUUGAACAGUUCCGUUCCCAUGUCGCCUGAAGAAAUCCAAGCGUUCAUCGAGCAAUGCCGCAACACGGGCGUCAUUGCCUCCACGGCCGCCGCCAUUGCCGCCUGCGCCGUCAUCAUCAACAAAUGCCCCGUACCAGAGCCGGACGCAAGCGACAACAUCGCGGCGCUCAGCCUGCAAGAAGAGCCGCCCCUUCCGGCUGUGGAGGUGCUCGAGGGCGUCCUGGACGAGGCCUGCCGCAGCCAAACCAUCGAGAGCUGCAAGCGCAAUGCGUUCAACUCUGCCACCACAUUCGACCCGGAGUGUGCGCGUGUGCUUAAUCGCGGGCCAGCGCUGACGGUCGUUGGCUGUGAGGACCUAAAAACGGCGAACCAGAUAUUUGCGGACGAGAAUGCAAAGGUGUGCGAGGCCAGCAGUGGAUAA